AUGCCUUGUUACAGAUCAGCGAUGGAACUAAAAUCACCAAAAGCAAAGAAAAAGUCGCCCAUAAACAUAACUUGGAAGAAGAUGCUGCGUACUCCGGUACUGCUGUUACUAUUGCUUGGAUCUAUUAAUUGUGACAGUGAUGACGUUGAAAUAUCCAAAAACAUUAGUGAUGAGAAAAUACGUCACAGAUCUCGUAACGUUAGUGAUGUGCAAAGUUUAAACGAUAUUCGAUAUUUGCGACGUCAUCUAAAUCGGGAAAUAGUCAAUUUUGUCAUGACAGACUUUCUGAUAGAUGGAGAAGUGGAGAAUAGAGUGCAUUAUAAUGGUGUCACUGCGAAGGAGACUUUAGUUGGUGCUGAUGGG